AUGUCAGCUCGGUAUGUGAGACGGUCAUCCGGCGUAGGACACGGUAUACACAAGAAGCCACCCCAGCCAACGGGUUCGGAGCCAUCGCCAUCUAGCGUCCGAAGGACCACAGAGCCUGGCAGCUCUACCCGAGGCGAGCGAUAUCCUUCACGUCAGCCCUCGGAAGAACAUACGCUUGCCAACGUGCCUUACAUCGGCGACAAUCGAGGCGCUCGACCUUACGUCUAUGACUUGACCCACUCGGAGCCCUCUCAUCCGACUGCCCCGGUUCGACACUCAAACUGGACGCCGAUCCAGUUCGAGCAAUUGAAGUACAUCAAAGCGUUUGAACCGCUCGAUGAGAACCUGUCGACGGGUCUGCUCAAAUGCUACAUCUCAAACAUCCACUAUUCACUCCCAAUCCUGGAUCUGUCAGCCGUCCUCAAGUCCCAGGUUCCAUACUCAGAAUCAUGGUUGCUUUACUGGUCGGUCAUGUUGGCGGCCGCGAAUUUCGCUGGACCACACUUGCUCCAAUCUGCAGGCGUCGAGUCACGUAAAGAGCUGAAAAAGGAGAUUUACCGUCGUUGCAAGUCCCUGUAUGAUUUUGAUGUAGGCACAAAUAAGAUCACCCUCAUCCAAUCCGUCAUCCUCAUGUCUUUCUGGUAUACUGAUGCUCAAGAUCAUACGGGAGCUUGGCAUUGGAUAGGCGUCGGCAUUUCGCUGGCUCAGACGCUCGGCUUGCAUCGGAAUCACAAGGGAAUGGCCAAUCUGACUUCUCGAGAGAUGUGCAUCCGACGGAGACUCUGGUUUUCACUCAUCAUCCGUGAUCGAUGGCUGUCCUUGGCUAGAGGGCUCCCAUUAAGAAUCAACGACGAAGACUGCGAUGCGAUCAUGCCUAACAUACGGGAUGUCCUCGAGGAUGGCGAUGAUGUGGACCCCGUCGAGAGAAUGAGAUUUCUCCCUGGAGAUACCGAAGCCCUCGCCGAGCUUUGGAUCUUGUUCGCCGAAGCCAGUGUCGUCCUGGGUCAAGUGCUGCGAGUUCAUUACGGCAUCUUUGCGGAGCGUGAACCUUUCGCUGCAUUGGACAGCUUUGAAAAGCACGCCUUUGCAAUGGAUGCCUGUCGACCGGGCAGGGUGGAUAAGAGACGUCUGCAACGUGGCAAUUUGAUCCAGUACUAUCAAUCCGAGCUUUACUGGCACGGCGUCAAUGUGGUCCUCAGUCGUCCCUACGUCCUUGGGUCUUCGUUUCAGAAUCCCGCCGUCGCCAACUUACCGAUCGUCCAGACGGCUCUGGCUCGGGCUCGGGAUUCCAGCCGAGAGACUAACAGCGUCCUAGAGAGCAUCAUGGAUCUGGAAGAUGGGGUCCAUCUGCUCAAACCCAUGAUCAUCACGGCCUUGAUCCCGUCGAUGCAGAUGCACCUGUACGAAUGUCGUGGGCAAUCUUCCACACGGACAAUGGUCGGCCACAAUCGGCUCAAUUUUUGCCUGUCGGUGCUUAAGCUCUUACGACGGACGUACUGGAGCGCAAAUGUCACUUUACAGCUAUUUGAACAUGCUCUUAGAACUCUCCAGACCGAGUCGCUGUUCCAUCAGAAAGCAAGUGCAGCAUCGACGCAAGAUGUGUCGGGAGGACAAAACGUCGAGUAUGCCUCGCAGUUCGUUGAUCCGACAUUCUAUCCGCCAUCCAUUUGGAACACGACCGGGUUGGUGAACGACACUGGCUUCCCAGAGAUUGAGCAAUUGUUCAAUGCCAAUUUCGCAUUGCCUGACAACGCAGUGACCUGGCCUCAGGAUUGGUCCACCUGGGGUACAGCGGUAUAG